AUAGACUAAAGUCAACAAAACAAUCAGAUGGCGUAACUUCAAAUUAAGAUAUAUUGUUUAGUACAUUAACUACAGAGCAAAAAAAAUUAUUACCUUUAAAAUUAAUAUUUAAAAACUGGAUAAAUCAAUAUUUUAAUGUUUAUAUCAACGCUUCGGUAUCUUGGUAAGAACUUAAGAUCAGUUGGGUAUGUGACCUCCAUCAUGCCAAUGGCGACUGCGUCAGCUGAUCGAGCGAUAACAAAUCCAAAAAAUUAUAAAGAAGCGAAAUCCAUUUAUGAAUUUUCCGCUAAAAAUAUCAAAGGUGAGGAUGUGUCUUUGGAGAAGUAUAAGGGCCAUGUUUGUAUUAUUGUAAAUGUCGCUUCCCAAUGUGGAUAUACUGCGAAUAAUUAUAAGGAGCUGGUUGAGCUUUACGACGCUUACCAUGAGAGCAAGGGUUUGUGUAUAUUAGCCUUUCCUUGCAAUCAGUUUGGCAACCAAGAGCCAGGAACGAAUGAAGACAUCUGCGAAUUUGUCGCGAAGAAAAACGUCAAAUUUGACUUGUUUGACAAAAUAGACGUUAACGGCAGUAACGCUCAUCCUCUUUUUAAAUAUUUGAAGCACAAACUGGGAGGCACUAUGGGGGAUUUCAUAAAAUGGAAUUUUACCAAGUUCAUUAUCGAUAAGAGCGGCCAACCCGUCGAGAGGCACGGACCUAAUACUAAUCCAAAAGACUUAAAGAAAAAUUUGCAAAAGUAUUUUUAAAAUAAUUAUGCAUAAAUAAAUAAUAAAAAGUUUUUUUUUCUUA